GCCCGCAACCAAGACGCCAGAGUGUGCAUACCUCACCGCAGUCUGACAGCCCCAGCAUCCGAGCUAUCAUUAUUAACAACUAUUUAAUCGAACCACGUCAAUUCUUCUCGCCUAAUUGACAUUGCAACCCAUUCUUUAAACCCCUAGUCGUCAAUUUUUGGACGACAACUUUGUCGUGAGUUUAUUGGAAUGGUACGGUCGAUACGGUUGAGCCCGCGUCAGAGCAAGGGCAAUAUCAGGAGCUCCAAUACGGAGCCGUGCAGCUGGCGACGUCUCUUCGUCAAGACUGGUGGUAAUUACUAGCACUGAGAGGAGCGCUGGGAGCCAGGGAAAGGGUGGUUCGGCAUCGAUCUGGACUACAACUUUCUCCAUCGCUGCCCGUCAGCUUCUCAAUCACAUCUAGAGGUCACCCACUUUUCACUUGCCACUUGCUGAGGCAUAGGACACCACAGACUCGCCGGCGAACGGUCGGUCAUCGCAAACUCCGGCUCAAUCACGACGAUGGCAACAACAACUCUGUGACUCCAUCGACGAAGUACAGCAUGAAGUUGGUGUCGUUGAACACGUUGACGGGUGCGGAGAGGGGCGGGGGGAGUAUGGAGUCCGGAGGAUGGCGGAACCGGACGCUGGGUCUCGUGCAGUCUGCUCGCUCACUCCUUCCCCGACGCGCGCGGACGACCGAGGAGACAGUCAACUUCGCCAAGUGUUCCGAGUCGGAGCGAGAGAUGUCGGUGUUGGAGAACGGGACCGGUCACAAUCUGGCGUCCCUGGGGAGGGGAUACAGCAGGGAGGGGGGAGAGGAUGAUAUGGAGCAGGCGGACGAGGUGGAGGUAUCCUCCCACCCGCGCAACAAGAUCUCCGAGUGGCAGGCGGGUUGGAACGUCACAAACGCCAUUCAGGGCAUGUUCAUCGUGAGUUUCCCCUAUGCCGUACUGCAGGGUGGGUACUGGGCGCUGGUUGCCAUGGUUGUGAUAGCAUACAUCUGCUGCCACACAGGCAAGAUCCUCGUCAACUGCUUGUACGAAGAAGACGAACAGGGUCGACGUGUGCGGGUGCGACACAGCUACGUGGACAUCGCCAAGCACGUGUGGGGCGCCCGCUAUGGCGCCCGUCUCGUCAACUGUGCCCAGAUCAUUGAGCUGUUGAUGACGUGUAUCCUGUACGUUCUGCUAUGCGGAGAUCUGAUUGUCGGAAGCUUCCCGGAUAGCCCUCUGGACCUCAGCUCGUGGAUCAUGGUCAGCACAGUGCCUCUGCUCGCGUGUGCGUUCCUCCAGAGUCUCCGACGGGUGUCCUGGCUGAGCUUCUGGUGCUCCGUGGCCCAUAUGCUCAUCAAUGCUAUGAUCCUGUUGUACUGCUUGACGCGGGUCCGCGAGUGGCGCUGGAGCGAUGUCCAGGUUCGUAUCGAUAUCUGGACCUUCCCCAUUUCUCUUGGCGUGGUCGUCUUUAGUUACACCUCACAAAUAUUCCUCCCGACGCUGGAAGGCAACCUGACGGACAGAUCCAAGUUUAGCUGCAUGAUGCACUGGACCCACGUGGCAGCGGCCAUCUUUAAAGUCAUAUUUUCCUACGUCGGAUUCUUGACGUGGGGCUUUGCCACCAAAGAAGUCAUCACCAACAACCUUCCCACCCAGUCCUUCAAGAUCGUGGUCAACCUCAUCCUCGUGGCGAAGGCGAUGUUAUCGUACCCCCUACCAUACUUUGCAGCCGUCGAUCUUAUCCAGACGUCCAUGUUCCAAGGCAAGUCGACCACGCCCUUCUCGCCGUGCAUCGACGACAACUUUCAGCUGAAGGUGUGGGCCCUGGGUCUCCGGCUUGGUCUGGUCCUGGUGACGACAGUGCUCGCCAUCUUCAUCCCACACUUCGCCCUCCUCAUGGGCCUGAUCGGGAGCUUCACGGGAACCAUGCUGUCCUUCGUGUGGCCCUGCUACUUUCAUCUCAAAAUAAAAUGGACGACUUUGUCGCGGGUUGACCGUGCGUUGGAUGUGACUAUUAUUAUACUAGGUGUUCUUUGUGGAACUGUUGGCAUGUACUACUCCGCGCAUGCGCUGACACGUGCAUUUCAAGGACUUCCUCCCGAUCCUUUCGGAAAGAAGCAGCUUUAACGCUAAGAUAGGUAGUCCUAUAUCCUGAUUCACCCAACCAAUGGAUGUACCUUCAUCUGUAUCUGAUGGGAACUCCAUGUACUAGCUCCCUGUGUGGGUUGAACGCUGUCACCAGGUGUAGGUAGGCGUGGACAGAUAGGCUUCAGAUAAGACUACUCCCACCUUUGCGUUUGUGCAUUUUUGAAAACCUAGUGCUGUGAACAUUCUUUUGAUGUAGACUCAGAGUUAGCUGCCCCUGUCAGUAGUGUUUAAUGCGACCUCGUGUCUGGUAGUGAGACUCUUCAAACAUCCGCAAGAGGGCGACACGGACUGAUCUUGUCGCAUUAACUGGCACCAUAUUUUCACAUUAUUUCACUCGCUGAUGAAAUGCUGUGGCGGCCGCGUUGUAGCACAGUUGAUGACCCUCGUGGGGACACGCCGGCGCUGACAUGAUGACUGCCCUCGGUUUUGUGAUUGUCCAUCACAUCGGAGUUGAUUAGUACAGUUAUUCCUGCAGAUCUGACCCAAUUGGACAGAAUCACCUUAGAUAUCGCCACUAUAGCCCCCUCCCGGGAACUCGUGCAAUAGGACGACUCCGCCUGCAAUAACUCCUCUCAUUCAACUUGUUCACUCAACACAGACCCUCUUAUCUGUGCACCAUCAGCCAUAUCCCUGCCACAUUCCCACCUUCGUCGUUUUCAGUCUUCUGUUCUGAACGUCCCCUGUCUUCUCACAUAUCUCUCUAUCCUGAACAUCUCUCACCCCGCCCACUAUCCUGAACAACAUCUCUCACCCCGCCCACUAUCCUGAACAACAUCUCUCACCUCGCCCACUAUCCUGAACAACAUCUCUCACCCCGCCCACUAUCCUGAACAACAUCUCUCACCCCGUCCACUAUCCUGAACAACAUCUCUCACCCCGUCCACUAUCCUGAACAACAUCUCUCACCCCGCCCACUAUCCUGAACAACAUCUCUAACCCCGCCCACUAUCCUGAACAACAUCUCUAGCCCCGCCCACUAUCCUGAACAACAUCUCUCACCCCGUCCACUAUCCUGAACAACAUCUCUUACCCCGCCCACUAUCCUGAACAACAUCUCUCACCCCGCCCACUAUCCUGAACAACAUCUCCCACCCCGUCCACUAUCCUGAACAACAUCUCUAACCCCGACCACUAUCCUGAACAACAUCUCUCACCCCGACCACUAUCCUGAACAACAUCUCCCACCCCGUCCACUAUCCUGAACAACAUCUCUCACCCCGACCACUAUCCUGAACAACACCCUCACUCUGCUCACUAUCCUGAACAAACACCCUCGCUCCGCCCACUAUCCAGAACAACAUCUCUCACCCCGUCCACUAUCCUGAACAACAUCUCUCACCCCGCCCACUAUCCUGAACAACAUCUCUCACCCCGUCCACUAUCCUGAACAACAUCUCCCACCCCGUCCACUAUCCUGAACAACAU